AUGUUCCAUGAACAGUUUUACAUAGGGAAAACGAAGAUAAGUUUGAAGGAGUUGGCUAGUAUCAAGCGAAAGUUCACUGAGCCAAUUGAUGACUAUCUAAAUAGGUUUCGAUUACUCAAAGCUAGGUGUUUUACGCAAAUAGCAGAGCAUGAACUGGUCGAAAUGGCUGCUGGGGGCCUCGACUAUUUGAUUAGAAAGAAUUUAGAUACUCAAUACCUAAGGGAUAUGACCCAAUUGGCUGAUAGGGUUCGACAGUUGGAACGUUUGAAGGAAGAAAAUGCUAGGGCAAAUAAAGGUAAAAGGGUAGCCUAUGUCGAUUUCAGGAAUGAUGAUGAAGGUUCAUGUCAUGGACUUUUAGACUUCGAUGACAAUGACAUCGACCUUGCUGAGUUGACGCAAGGGCCACCAUAUGCGUGCAAAGUUUUAGCACCUUCGAAUGGGAAAAAUCCUGUCGAACCUGAAAAGAGUGACAAAUUUCCUAAAAAGACUUAUACGUUCGAUGUUACAAAAUGUGACGAAAUUUUUGACUUAUUAGUCAAAGAUGAUCAAAUGAUAGUACCUCUGGGUGCUAAAGGAUCUUGUGCAAAACGCCAUCCAGGAAGGAAGACUCAAGUUCGGAGACAAAAAACACGGAGCCAGAUGAAGAUCGACUCUGAUCCGCUACAAGUAGUUGAGGCCCAUUAUACUGAACCAGAAGAAGUAAACCUUAUUGAAGUCGCUGAUGAUUUCAACAUGACUUAA